CCUGUCGCUGUCUUGGCGCAGCUCCGCCGAACAUCGAACACAUUGCGGAGGACACCAAGCAGUAACACCCCAGCGAAUCCCGUGACUGGCUUUCUCCCUCUCUGGACCUCUAUACCAUCGAUACCCGUUCACGUUUUCUUGUCUCUUUCCGCGACUGCCUGCGCAUCUGUGGACUGGCUAGUAAAGCCACGUUCCCAUAAUCCACCCCUCCGCGAUACACAAUUGAGCUACAACAAUGCGUCUGGACGUCAAGAGGCAGCUUUUCGCGCGGUCGGAGCGUGUCAAAGGCAUUGACUUUCACCCGACCGAGCCAUGGAUCCUUACGACUUUAUACAGCGGACACGUCCACAUCUGGUCGUAUAUAUCACAAUCGAUUGUCAAAACCUUCGAGCUUACCGACGUACCCGUGCGCGCUGGUCGCUUCAUUGCGAGGAAGAACUGGAUAGUCGCUGGUUCCGAUGACUUCCAGUUGCGCGUCUACAACUACAACACCUCCGAGAAGGUCACAUCUUUCGAGGCACACCCCGAUUACAUCCGCGCAAUCGCUGUCCACCCAACACAACCUUUCGUCCUUACCGCCAGUGAUGACAUGACUAUAAAGCUCUGGGACUGGGACAAGUCGUGGAAGUGCGUACAAGAAUUCGCUGGCCACCAACACUACGUUAUGGGUAUCGCGAUAAAUCCCAAAGACCCCAACACAUUCGCCUCCGCGUGUCUCGACCGAACCGUCAAGAUAUGGUCCCUCGGCAGCUCUACUCCCAACUUUACGCUCGAGGCGCACGAGACCAAGGGUGUCAACUUCAUCGAUUACUACCCCCAGUCGGACAAGCCAUAUCUCCUUACAACCUCCGAUGAUCGGACAGUCAAGGUUUGGGACUACACAACAAAAGCGCUGAUUGCGACACUCGAAGGCCAUACUUCUAAUGUCAGUUUCGCCGUAUACCACCCUGAGCUCCCCGUCAUCAUCUCUGGAUCGGAAGACGGCACAAUCAAAAUCUGGCACUCGUCGACCUACCGGUUGGAACAGUCCCUGAACUAUGGGUUGGAGCGCGCAUGGUGUGUAUCGUACCAGAAAGGAAGAAACGGCGUGGCACUGGGAUUCGAUGACGGAGCUGUCGUCAUCACCAUGGGUCGUGAAGAGCCAGCUGUCAGCAUGGACGGUAGCGGAAAGUUACUCUGGGCCAAGAACAACGACAUUCUCACCUCGGUGAUCAAAGGCAGCGACCAGCUCAAGGAUGGAGAGAGGCUCUCCCUCCCCAGUAAGGAUCUUGGUUCAACAGAGCUGUACCCGCAGUCAUUGCUGCACUCGCCCAACGGACGUUUCGUAGCAGUUUGCGGUGAUGGCGAAUACAUCAUCUACACUGCGCUUGUUCUCCGUAACCAAGCUUUCGGUAGUGCUCUCGACUUUUGCUGGGCUUCGAAAGAACACGACAAGGACUACGCCAUUCGGGAAUCCUCUACUAGUGUCAAGAUUUUCCGCAACUUCAAGGAGCGGAGUGUACUGAAUGUUGGUUUCUCAGCUGACGGCUUGAGUGGCGGUGUGCUUCUGGGUGUGAAGGGUCAAGGCGGCAUUGGCCUAUUCGACUGGGACUCUGGCGCCUUGGUUCGACGGAUAGAGGUCGAGCCCAAGAGCGUCUACUGGUCUGAGAGCGGGGAACUCGUGACGCUUGCCACGGAAGACACAUUUUAUGUCCUCCGCUACUCUAGGGAGAACUACCUAGAAGCCAUGCAAAACGGCGAAGUGGACGAGGAUGGCGCCGAGUCUGCAUUCGAAGUUGUGUGCGACAUCAACGAGAGCGUUCGCACUGGCACCUGGGUUGGAGACUGCUUCAUCUACACAAACAGCACAAAUCGCCUGAACUACCUUGUCGGCGACCAAACGUACACUAUUUCUCACUUCGACUCGCCUCACUACGUCCUUGGAUAUCUACCUCGUGAUUCCAGAAUCUAUGUCGCCGACAAGGAUGUGAAUGUGGUCUCCUUCGUUCUGUCUCUGGCCGUCGUUGAGUACCAGACACUUAUCCUCCGAGGUGAUCUUGAAGCCGCCGAGGAGACGCUUCCCUCUGUGCCCAAGGAUCAAAACAACAAGAUUGCUCGAUUCUUGGAAGGUCAAGGCUACAAGGAAAUGGCGCUCAAGGUUGCCACCGACCCUGAACACCGAUUCGAUCUCGCUUUGUCCCUUGGAGAUCUGCAACAGGCUGUUACAAUCGCUCGCGAGCAGGACACAGAACAUAAGUGGAAGACUGUCGGUGAUGCUGCUCUCACAAACUGGGAUGUCAAGCUCGCGCAGGAAUGCUUUGUCAAGGCCAAGGACCUCGGCUCCCUUCUCCUCCUCUAUAGCGCAACUUCGGAUACUGCUGGUCUCCAUGAACUCGCUUCCCUGGCCGAGAACGCCACCGCGAACAACGUAGCCUUCUCUGCGCUCUGGCAAAUCGGCGAUGUCCAGGCGUGCAUCGACCUGCUCGUCAAGACCAACCGCCUCGCCGAGGCUGUUCUCUUCUCACAAACGUACAAACCGAGCGCUACCGCUGGCCUUGUCAAGCAAUGGAAGGAGUCCCUGGAGAAGGAGAACAAGACCAAGGUUGCUAGACUCCUUGGCGCGCCACCUCAGGACGGUGAGGGCGAUGCAGAGAUGUUCCCAGAAUGGGAUGAGUACUUGCGGUUGGAGAAGGAAGGCGGAACCGUGGAGGACCUUUUGAUCCAAGAAGACGAAGUAGAGGCGGAUGAUGCCGAUGAAGAGAUUGCAGCCGAUGCUGGAGACGAUGACGAGGAAGAAGACGAAGACGAAGAAGAGAGUGAGGAAAGUGAGGAGGAGAAGUAGGUGUCUGCAUCAAGCGUUGUUUUGCUUGGCGGAUCCGUUGUAGUUGCAGUUUGACUUUGAUUGUGUGGCUGCUCCACGUAGCUUAGGUACGGUAACGGAAAACGAUACAAUGAUAUAGAUGUUUCAAAGAUAUGGUGUUCACAGUUGUGAUUCGAU